UAUAUAUCCCCCAAUUUUGCAGCCAUUUUUCUCCACACACAGCGCAGACAGAGAGAGAUGAAGACGUUAGUGGCAGUUGUAGCAAUACAGUUGAUAUAUGCUGGUUAUUUCGUGCUGACGAAGGUGGCCUUCGACGUUGGGAUGAACACUUUUGUUUUUGUUUUCUACAGACAGGCUGUUGCUUCCCUUUUCUUGGCUCCUAUUGCCAUCUUCUUCGAAUGGAAAACAGCUCCACGCCUUUCAUUCUCUAUUUUCAUCAAGAUUUUCAUGCUAUCUCUUUUCGGAAUCACGAUGAGCUUGGAUAUGGUAGGUAUAGGUUUGAAGUAUACAUGUGCGUCUCUGGGGGCAGCAGCCACCAAUACUCUUCCAGUUAUUACUUUCUUUCUUGCACUUGUAUUGAGGAUGGAGAAGGUGAAUAUAAGGAGAAGGGAAGGAAUGAUGAAGGUGGGAGGAGUUGUUGUGUGCAUAGCAGGCGCAGCCACCAUAGCUUUCUACAGAGGCCCUUAUUUGAAACCACUGCUGCAUCAUCACUUGAUCAACACCCAACUCCCUUCCACCAACCCCAACACUGCUACUUGGAUUCAGGGUGUCGCUCUCAUCCUCCUUUCCAACUUCACUUGGGCUUUCUGGCUCCUCUUACAGGGGCGAGUACUAAAAGCCUAUCCUUCCAAGCUGCUCUUCACAACCCUGCAGUGCUUUACCAGCACAAUACAGUCCUUCCUAGUUGCUCUUAUCUUUGCAAGAGAUCCUGCUCAAUGGAAGCUUGGCUGGAGCAUAAGCCUUCUCUCUGUAGCCUACUGCGGAAUAGUGGUGACUGGUGUUGCAUUUUACCUGCAAGCAAUGGUGGUUGAGAAGAAAGGUCCAGUCUUCCUAUCCAUGACCACUCCACUCAUCUUCCUCUUUACCAUCAUCAUUUCAGCUUUCAUCUUGGGAGAAAUUAUUAGUCUCGGAAGUGUGGUGGGAGCAGUUGUACUAGUUGGAGGGCUUUAUUUUGUGCUAUGGGGAAAGACAAAGGAGGAAGAGAGAUCAAAAAUGAGACUCCAACCAAAUGGCGAUGUUGAGAAAGCAUCUCAACUCUCAAACCCACACAUCACAUUACCCUCUUCAAAUCUAAAAUAAUUCUACUUAUUAUGUAUGAGAUUUUGUUUUUGUCCACCAAAUUGGUGUUUUCUUUUUUAUUUUUUCCCAUAUAUAUAUAUAUAUAUAUAUAUAACUACGUAACAAUGAGUAGCUAGUGUUACCAUGUUGUAGAAUGCCAAAGAUACGUAUUAUGGAAAUUAAGUAUGAUGCCUA